AUGAAGCUCGGCAAGAAGAAGACGAAGGAACCGGCGGCACCAGAGCCAUCAAAGACGGGCCUGGCCAAAUGGGAAGCCUUCCUGUCGCAGGAGCAAGUGCCCCCCUCGUCACCGGAGAAGGGCAGCAAGAAGGGCAGCAAGACCCCCACCCUCUCCAAGAAAUCGGCCGAAGAUGCCAAGAAGGACAGCAAGAAGGAGAAGAAGGACAAAGACCCGAAGAAGGACAGCAAGAAGGAGAAGAAGGCCCUCACCGAUAGCAAGAAGGAAUCCAAGCGGGACAGCAAAACGGUGGAAGAUGCCGCGGGAGUCGAGGGCGAGGAGGAGAAAAUCGACCAGAAGAUGGCUCAGCUCAAGGCCCUCGAUGGCUGGGUCACCUCCGCCCAGACUCGCGCCGCCGUUUCCCUUGCCGCCGCGAAUGGCCCCGCAUGGGCCGAGGGCGAGGAGGGCGAGGGCUCAGCCUCGGGUCCCUACUCGGAGAGCGACGAGGUCGAUGGCACGGGCUCGCCCCUCCCGCGCAAGGUCCUGCGCCGCUCAUCGGCGGCCUCGGUGGCCGACGCCGUCGUGGUCGACAUGGCCGACGGGCGCCCCACGCUACGCGCCGGCACAUUCCAGGGCAUCGUCAAAUGGCUCAUCUUCCAGAACGUGGGCGAUCUCAGCACCUCGUUCCUCCUCACCUUCCGCGCCUACGGCACCCCGCAGGAGCUGUGGGAGGCUCUCAUGAACGUCUUCCGCAUCAUCCACGAGAAGGACCUCAAGGAAAACGCACGCAAGGACAUGCGCCGUCGUGUGAUCGCGUUCCUGGAGGAGUGGAUCAGGCGGUUCUCCUACAGCGACUUCAUCGAGUCCAACAAGAAGUCGCUCUUCAAGGACGUCACCAACUUCGUCAAGUCCCUCCCCGCCGAGGAGUCCCGACAGCUCAAGCUCCUCCUCAUGAGGAAGAAGACCAACAAGAAGGGCGCCAAGGAGCUGGCCGCCGGAUCGUCAUCGCCCGUGAUGGGAGGUGGAGGCAGCACGCUGGGCACCUCGUCGUCGAACGCGCUCAACAUCUCAGCCAGCAGCAACGGAAACGGCACUGAGGCGCCGCCUCCCUCGCCCACGGCGUCCGCCGGCUCGGGCGUGGUGGCCCCGGCCGUGCCCGGCGACUCGCUCGGCGCGUCGUCGACGAUCGUCCUCAAGCGUACGUCGGCCAAGGCCCUCGCCGUGCAGAUGACCAUCCUCGACGCCGACACCUUUGGUGAGAUCAAGCCCGAGGAGAUGCUCCUCGGCAACUGGACCCGCCCCAACAAGGAAGAAGUGGCGCCCACGUUGACGUACCUGGCCAACUACUUCAACCAGUGGUCGUACUGGGUGUCGACGGAGAUCCUCAUCGCCGGCGGCGUCAACGCCCAGGUGCAAGCCGUGAAGAAGUUCAUCUCCGUGCUGCACCACCUCUUCUCCCUCAACAACUUCAACUCUCUCAUGGCCGUCAUGUCCGGCCUCAACCGAGCCUCCGUCUCUCGGCUCAAGAAGGUGUGGGCGAGGGUGCCGAUCAAGUUCGUGGAGCUGUUCCACCAGCUGGAGGACCUGAUGACGCCCCUGGGCAACUUCAAGUACUACCGCCAGCUCCUCGCCGAGUCCAAGGACAAGAAGCCCAUCGUCCCCUACCUCGUCGUGUUCCUUCGAGAUUUGACGUUCAUCAACGACGGUAACGAGGAGCGUCUGCCGAUGCCCCAGAAGCCCGACGUCAAGCUGCCCAACUUUGAAAAGAUGGUCCUCCUGGGCCAGCAGAUCCUCGAGCUCGAGGCCUACCGCAAGGUGCCAUACACGCUCGAGGGGGACAGCGCGGUGGCGACGGCGCUCCGGAAUGCGAUGUACUUUGACGAGGACACCCUGCACCGCCGCUCGCUGGAGCAGGAGCCCAUCCAGAACAUGGAGCCCGAGGUGGACUACCUCGACGACGAGGCCAUCUCCAACGAGAAGAAGACGAAGAAUCCUCUCCUCGCCCUCCAGCAAAUGCGGGAGGAGCUGCUGGCGGAAUCGAACGAGUUCGACUUUUCGGAGGGCAGCGAAACGUCGUGGGCGCAGGACGAGGACAAGACGGACGACGGGACGGCCUCCAAGCUCGAGGACAAGAGCGAGUAG